AUGGCCCAUGUCAUUGAGGUAGCAGGGGAGUCUAAUCCCCUGACGCCGCAGAAUGUCUUGAACUCUUUGAUCCAAGCCGCUAGCUCUACACAGCAGCAAGUUCAAACUGGGACCAAGCAACUGCAGCAUUGGGAGAAACAGGAGAAGUACUAUACCUUCCUCCAGGAUGUGUUUCUAGAUCACUCCGUUCCCCUCGAAGUCCGGUACCUCGCCAUUAUACAGCUGAAGAACGGAAUCGAUAGGUAUUGGCGCAAGACGGCACCGAAUGCAAUUAAGAAGGAAGAAAAGGAGCAGAUCAAAGUCAGAGCCUUGCAGGCUGGUGUUGUUGAACCAGCACCCCUUUUAGCUCUUCACAAUGCCUUUGUUUUGGCCAAGAUCAUGCGUCUUGAGUAUCCUCAGGACUGGCCUGAAGGAAUUCCUACAGUUAUCGAUCUUCUGCGCUCGUCUACCCAACCCGGCGCGAACCCGUUACAGUUACCACGAACCCUCGUAAUCCUCUUACAAAUUAUCAAGGAGCUAUCAACGGCCCGGUUACAGAGAACGCGGCACAGCCUUCAGUCUAUUGUACCAGAGAUACUCCAUGUCCUCGGCAGCAUAUACGUUGGAAAGGUGGAUGCAUGGGCCUCUUCACUGGAGCAGGGCAAUUCUGGCUCUACGGGAAUUGCGGAUACUAUGGAGCAAAGCCUUACUUCUCUCAAAACUAUCAGACGCCUGCUUGUUGCUGGAUUUGAGCGUCCCCAUCGAGAAAAGGAUGCUUCGGAGUUCUGGGUCCUAACACACUCUCAGUUCAGCAGACUAUUUGCGCUCGCCACCGGCUCCAUGACAAUGCCUGAGGAUGUACAAAAAUACGUCGAAAAACAUCUGUUGCAACUGUCAAAGCUCCAUGUGGAGAUGGCCAAGGUUCACGCUGGAUCUUUUGCUUUACUUCCCGGUAGUAUACCGCUAGUUCAAUCGUACUGGACGCUAGUAGUCAAGUUGGGAGAAAACUACAGCCAGCUGGGCGCGGAUGGUGAAUCAGACAAGACCUUUAUGGAAAAAGCUGGUCUCAGAGCUCUCCUUCUACUCAAAACUUGCUCUAAUAUUGCAUUCUACCCGGCACAGUCAUUCAAAUACCAGACACCCCAGGAUAAGGAGGACAAAAAGGAAGCCGUCCAGCUAAUAAAAACUCAGCUGUUCACGCACGACUUUGUCAACCAUGCCAUGGAGCUGCUCGUUACACAAUUCUUCCGUUUCAGGCAGAGCGAUUUUCAAGAGUGGGAGGCUGAUCCAGAGGAGUGGGAGCGGAAAGAAGACGAUAUCUCAGAAGCCUGGGAGUUUUCGAUACGAUCCUGUUCGGAGAGGAUUUUCCUUGACCUUGUUAUCCAUUUCAAGGAUUUGCUCGUCCCUCGCUUACUGACGGUUUUCUAUUCUUUUGCUACUCCAGAUAAUCGCGACGUGAUCCUGAAAGAUUCUCUUUAUUCCGCUAUAGGAUUGGCUGCAGCUUGCCUAGAGAAGCAACUCGAUUUCAGCGAAUUUCUCCAAAACACUCUCGUUCCCGAAGUCCAGAUCCAAGAUGCCGGCUAUAAUGUGCUCAGGAGAAGAAUAGCAAUUCUUCUCGGUCAAUGGGUGCCCGUCAAGUCCGACGAACUGAAGGGUGACUCCAUAUACCAGAUAUUCCAGCAUCUGCUCAACAGUCAAGACCAGUUGAAUGACCUUGUGGUUCGGAUUACUGCUGGCAGGCAACUCAAGCAGGUACUCGACGUGUUCGAAUUCAGCCCGGAAGGAUUCAAACCCUACGCGCCAUCAAUUUUCCAGAACCUGAUGGCUCUGGUGCAAGAAGUUGAGAGUUCUGACACUAGGAUGGGGCUGCUUAACACUGUUCGUAUGGCCGUUACGAGGAUGGAGGAUAAUAUCGCUCCUUUCUCGGAUCAAAUUCUAUCUCUACUGCCCCCAUUGUGGGAAAGUUCCGGCGAUGAGCAUUUGCUGAAACAGGCUAUCCUCACACUACUUGGGGCGUUGAUAUACUCACUCAAGCAAGAGUCGACGAGAUAUCACUCACUUAUCCUGCCUCUGGUUCGGAAUUCGAUCGAUCCUACUUCGGACACCAUGAUCUAUCUACUGGAGGAAGCUCUGGAGCUCUGGAGCGCCAUCCUCAUGCAAACUCCUGCACCGGCUUCGCCCGAAAUACUCUCCCUCAUACCCGCCUUGUUCCCUAUUUUUGAGACCGCAGUCGAUGGCGUUGGAUUGGCCCUACAAAUUGCGGAAUCAUACAUUUUACUCGCACCUCAAGAGGUCCUCAGCGAUCGCAUUCGCCUCCCUCUCUUCAUAUCUUUCGAGGCACUCCUACAGCCCUCCCUGCGUCAACGAGGAGGCUACGUGCCUCGUCUAGUGGAAAUGGCAAUCCGCGCCGCCGAUACGGUAGACGGCGGCAGCGAGAACACUUACAGUGUUAUCAUCCGCUCCCUCCUCGACAGCUCCCUUCUCACUUCCAUCCUGGAGGGCCUACACUCCGCCUACGAGUCCGGCCAAACAACCGGGCCUAACAAGAAACAAUCAAACAUCUACGGCGCCAUCGAAACAGAAUACUUCUCUAUCCUCGCCCGCCUCGCCCUCGCUUACCCCAACCUCUUCGUCCCCGGAAUUACAGCAGCAUUUUCCCCGUCCGGCGCGAACAACCCACAAGCCCAAGAAGAACUCCUCACCUGGCUCCUCACGGAAUGGUUUCUCCACUACGACAACAUCGGCACCGCAACCCAGAAGAAACUCCAUGCCCUCGCUCUCACUCAGCUCCUAACCCUAAACGGGCCAAACAUCCAACCACCCACUUACAUCCUCAAGCAUUUACAGUCUUACCUCAAUGUCUGGACCGACAUACUCACCGAGUUAGCCGAGGGAACGACCGAGGGCGACCCCAACGAUCCCCGAGGCGGCGACUACCUUAUCAAUUGGAACAAUGCGGGAACUGGGAAGUGGCAUGAAAACGAGCCUCCCGAGACCACGCGAAGAGCGGAAUGGGAUCACUCCGAUAUCGUUCAUAAAAUCAACAUUCGGGACUUUGUCCGUGAGCGGCUGCAUUCUUUGAUCGUUGGUUGCGGAGGCGAGCAGCGGUUCCAGGAGGAUUGGUUGCUUAAUGUCGAUCAAGAAGUGGUUGUGGCGUUUGGUGCGCUGCGGUUGCUAUGA